CUUUCUUCUCGCCACCAUUAAGGUCGAAUUCCUCAAGUCAGUUCUAGCGAUGGCCGCCGACGCCCCCGCAUCUACCACCACUCCUCGCUCUCGUAGGGUCGCUAACGCUGGUAAGUCCAACAUCGCCAAGGACACAAGAAAGACGGCAACAAAGAAGCCCGCUGCGAAGUCGAAGACUAUCAAGCCUGCGACUAAGAAGGCCGUCUCUACUAAGGUUACCAAGCCUGCUGCCACCCAUCCAUCCUGGAAGGACAUGAUUAAGGAAUGUAUCGUUGCUCACAAGGAAGAAUCUCGUCAGGGCGUUUCCCGUUCACUCAUCAAGAAGUUCGUUGAAGAGAAGUAUAUCAUCAAAAUGAACGGUCUCCAGACCUCUCAGCUCAACCGUGCUAUUGCCCACGGCGCCGAGGAGGGCAUGUUCAACCUCCCCAAGGGCCUGUCUGGCAAAGUCAAGCUCGCAUCAAAGAAGACCUCCACCAAGGAGAAUACUAAGCCCCCUGCCAAGAAGGCGGCCGAGAAGAAACCUGCCGCAGCUGAUAAGGAAGAUAUCGAGGAAGAGGAAAAGACUGAGAAGUCAGCUAAGAGAGCUACAAAGAAGCCUGUCCUCAAGUCCUCUGAUAAGUCUGCGGCCACCAAGACUACGCCCAAGAAGAGAGCCGCUGCUGUCAAGCCUUCUACGAAGAAGACCUCGUCAACGAAGACGGAGAAGAAGAAGACCGUGGCUAAGGCUGCCGCCGUGAAGGCCAAGAGGACACCCGCAAAAAAGGCUACUAAGGAGAAGCCGGCCUCCAAGUCAGCUUCCAAGCCCGCGCCCAAGAAGCCCACGUCCAAACCUAAGUCCUUAUCGAAGGGAAUGUCGGUCUCGACAAACCAGUCGUAAUCUGACCGAUGUCUGUCUCCAUGUCCGGGUUUCUUAGUUCCUGAUUCCGUAUCUUAUUGUACUAUGUUACUCUUGGUGUUUCGCAUAAGUAGACUCUUCGCUUCAUCUACCCAUGUUGCUUCCGCGGUACCGUGGUGUAUCGUGUAUCCAGAACCUACCCUUCGGUGUCUGAUAUCGCGCUUGUAGUAUAUCUUCGCU